GUUAGCAAGGUUUACCUAUCAACUCUCACUUAUAUUUUGCUUAAUCGUAUACACCAUCUGACGCCACCGCCCAAGUCACAUGGCGUUUUCCUUUUUGUGGCUUGCUGCUGCCACGAAACCCGACAAUUACCCCGCUCUGGCUGGCUUUUGAUCUCGCUUUCUCCCGGCGAUAAUCAGCGUUUUGUCAAGGAGACUGUCUCUCUUACACCAUGGAGCCUAGUAAUCUCGAACCUCCAUCGUAUACCUCUGCAGUCACCAAUAAUUCUUGCCAGCUUCAGGUCGGUGCUGGCGGAUUGCCGCCACCUCCUUAUGCUGCAACGUUGCCAACCCCUUUCUCUCCGACAGCAGAACAAGAGGAUAUCAUCCAAACCAUACCUCUUCACCUUUUACACGAAUAUGACCACGGCCCAUAUAUCCGGUGGAUCAACUGCCCAUUCUGCUUAAAAGGCACUCCUGUAAGAAGGGCCGUAACCAGGGGUUUUCACAACGGUGUAUUGAAGAUGUGGCUCGGCUGGUCCAUCAUCACAGGAGGCAUCGGGAUGUUUUACCGACCAACUCAUAACGACACGGUCGAUUACUUUUGCGGUGACUGCCAAAACAAGGUGGCAACGAGCCAUCCAGACAAGGGCCCGAUGGAGACGUUUGGACCAGGGGGUCAUAGUCGAACAUUUGAUAGGUAGACAAGGUAGACUCUAAUUCAGCGAGUGUUUUUUAUCCAAAAUUCACUGAAUUACCUGCAAUUUAG